UUACACUUGAAUAGUAACACCAUAGGUUUUGGUCAACAGAUUUAAAAGUUCGAGUGGCAAAUGAUCUUGCCAUAGCAUGGUCUAGGAAUAAAAGCCUUUUGUCAGUGGGCUAGUGAAAGAUGCAAUAUUUUAUUCAAAGUCAUUCUUCACUCAGGAAGUUAGAUCCAUGGAAAUGCCAUAUUCCUUGUUUUUUUUAUAAAACUAUUUUUUAGGACUUAUUCNAUACUCUAGACUGGAGUAAUUGGAUAACUCACUGCACAAAAGACCUUUUUGUGGCAUAAUGUGACCUCCAGUACAAAACUUACCAACAUUUUUUGCAACUAAUCAGAAGACAUUGUAUGUAGAAUGUUGAGUUAUUUCAAGCUUCAUCACUGAUGGUAUCUUGCAAUAUAUUGUUAUUCUAGGGGGUAAAAUGGACUCCAUCCAAGGUUAUUGCACGGUUAGGAAAAGAAAUAAAUCACCCAGACUCUGUAUGUUACUGGGCCUACAAAGUGAGUAACAAUCUUCAGGCUGCUUCUUUAAAAAAAUCUUCUUUCAAAUUGUGUGUUUGAGUAAAUAUGUGUUUGUGUUAUUGUUUUUAGCUUCAACUCAACCUUGCCAAGAUGACAGAUUCUGCACAUUCCCUUCUGCUAUUUUUUUCAUCAGAUGAAUUGGGUUCAAUUGAGUUGUCAGAUUUAACCCAAACUUAUCCGUUUCCUUCAUAAUAGUAGCCAACAAAAACACUUCCAAGGAAGUUCAAAUUUCUUUUUGAAAAAUCCUACAAAAUAAAUAGUACUGUGCAAAAGUUCUGCUAAAUGGGUUACACUUGAAUAGUAACACCAUAGGUUUUGGUCAACAGAUUUAAAAGUUCGAGUGGCAAAUGAUCUUGCCAUAGCAUGGUCUAGGAAUAAAAGCCUUUUGUCAGUGGGCUAGUGAAAGAUGCAAUAUUUUAUUCAAAGUCAUUCUUCACUCAGGAAGUUAGAUCCAUGGAAAUGCCAUAUUCCUUGUUUUUUUUAUAAAACUAUUUUUUAGGACUUAUUCCCCUCAGCCUCAAACUUAGGGCACUUUAAUACCAAAGUCAGAGCUGUAGGCUAUCCAGACCUAUCAGUUUGAGAAUGGAGUAGGCUUUUUUGAGACUUCUUGCAAAAAACCCCAUCAUUGUCAUGUGUACUGUGCAUACCAUAUUCAGCAAUAGACUUAUCUGUCUACAUACCGUAAAAUUCCAAAAUUAAGCCUGGGGCUUAUAUUUUUCAAAGGCCCUUUUUGAGGGGCUUAUUUACGGAGGGAAAUUUGUGUUUCUAAAUUGAUUGGGCUAGCCUUAUAGUUGAAAGGAAAUUUACCGUUUUUGCUUUGUUUUACUUUGUAUUUGAGGGUAAUUUUCCAAGUACAAGCCCGCGGGGGGGCUUAUAUUUGGAGGGACGAUUUAACGGAGGUUUUUUUGGGUUACCCCUUUGGAGGGCUUAUAUUUGGAGGGGCUUAUACAUGGAGGGGCUUAUUUUCGGAAUUUUAAGGUAUUCCUGAUUCAUGGUGCGAUUCUUUUUGCAACUAGGCUGGUCUAUCUGGCCAGUUGUCACUAAUAUAUUGUUGUAAGUGCUCACAAUUUAUUCAAACCUUAAUUAAGCUAUUGUAGUCCCCCUUGCAGUCUGGUUAUUGUGUCUCCACUCUAUCAGGGGUACCCAAUGACUGUUUGUGUUAAAUAUCUGUUCGAAGAAACAAAUAUUGCUUAGAAAUUUCUAUAGCUCAAGAAAGGCUAAAAAUUUCUGGAUAACUGUUCAAUUCAUCUAAGAUAUUGGCAUUUUUUCUGUUAACUUCCCUACGUUUUUUGGAAGUAGAUUUUUCACAUUUAUUCCUGAAAUUCCAUUUUAGACAUUUCCAACUUGUUCGGAAAGAUUCAGUUGCUGGGUGCCUUGGACUCUGUUUCAAGAUAAAAAGGCACCUACAAAGGACCGCAAAGCGAGGCCCCUUAGCCCUUGACCAUACUUUAUUAGAAAUUGCACUAUUUACACUUAUAAGACAAGACAAAGGAACAACAUUCAUCUACUGAACCUUAAGUUGAUGCUAGGAAAGCUUAGGCAAAAACACAUUUAGAUUUUCAGGUGCGGUUCUUUUUAAUAAUUUACCCACAUCAAUAAAAGAAGCUACGUCACUUUCCAUUUUUAAGAAUUUUCUUAGAUUUCAUUUUAGCCAUUAGUUUUUUCUUAUUAAUAUAAUACUUAGGUAACUUCGAUAACUCUCUUAUUUGUCUUAAUCUUAAACAAAUUGUGAUUUUUUAUGAAGAUUUUAUUGUGUAGUCAUAAUUUACACAGGGGCCCCUUUUGAUACCAGCCAAUGGCUGACAGGGCUACCCUGCCUAAAUGAAGUUGACUUGACUUGACUUGACUUGACUCUGCCAGAGCAUUGUUCUGUUAACCUUUUGACUCCUAGACUGUUCAAAGCUCAGUCAUCGUCUGGAGUAUUAAUAUUUGAUCAUGUUAUUAUUCAACAGAAUAACAUUCCAGUAUUCAGCCCUGCCAUCACUGAUGGAGCACUAGGAGAUACAUUAUAUUUUCAUUCCUACAAAAAUCCUGGUUUAGUAAUUGAUAUUGUAGAAGGUAAAUGGAUUAUUUAUGUACAACUCUAUGUGGUUCUCAGAAAGUAAAUAACAACGACAUUUCUCUAUUUUUGUGACAUGUCGACGUUUCUUUAAUUUGUCUAGUGAAUGUGAUACUUUCACAUAUGAAGAUAACUUGUUUUAACUUCACAAGACUUACUGAAAAUAACACUCCUGCCAUCACUACUUGAAGGAGCUGAAUUAAAAAUCCACAGAAAACGUAUUUCUUUGAUAAUCACAUAAAAUCCUUAUUUGCCUGCAUGGCCAUGAAAUAUACAGUCCAUAAUUGUUUUGGCCAGAUGACCAUUCAUUCUAUCCUCACCCCCCUUCAAAAAAGGGAAAUUAUCAAAGAAACCAAUGCUCUUGCACAAAUUCAGUGCUAUUUAAAUUUGUUUAAGUAGGCUUUUCUUCUAGAUAAUAAAACUAGGUGAUAUAUAAACGGCCAGAAUUACACUGAUAACCAUUUUAUUCUAUUUCUUUUACAGAUGUUAAAAGAAUAAAUAACAUAUCGGUAUUUGCAAAAAAUACAGGCAUGAUAAUUCUUGGAGGAGGACUCAUAAAGCAUCAUAUAUGCAAUGCUAACCUAAUGGUGGGUGUCCUUUUCAUCUUUACCACAGUUUAACAGUUACUAUUAAUUUUAUCCUGCAGAAAAAAAUUAAAUCUCAAAUGGUACAAAACAUUCCAGGGAAAACUUUCCCAACAGUUUGAAAACAGAAUUUUUUGUUGAAAACUCAAAUGGUACAAAACAUUCCAGGAAAAGUUUCCGCAAAAGAUUGAAAAGUCCUCAAGUGUACUUCUCCCUUUCCAAUUUUGACCUAUUAAAUGACCCGAAAAUGCCUAAACCAGCUCUCGAACCAUGCUUACUAAGAGUCUCGUACAGACUGUUGUUGCACGCCGCUUUGGAGACAACCAAAAGAUUUUCCGUGAAAUACACAAAUGUUACUUUUUUCCCGACCGUUAUUUUCCCCAAAAGGUAAAUACCUAAAAUAACAUGCCUGAGAAAAUAGCCGACAUUUCCCGAGGUCACCACUGGUUUCCCCGCGUAAUGACGUCUGCCCCGGAGAAAUGAGCGCAUACUGAUGACGCGUUACUACCCAGAUCUUGGAAGUGCUUCUGAUUGGCGGAAAAUUGUAUUGAAUUUCUUCGCUCGUUCCUCACUGAGACGUCGUUUCGCGGGGAAAUCGUCGGUGUCAUCGUGAAAUGUCGGCUGUUUCCUCAGGCUACUAAGUAACAAGGCUGUUGUUAAGUGAAUGCUGUUUUUUGUUUGUUUGUCCUCUCAGCGUAAUGGUGCCGAUUUUUCGGUGUUUGUAAACACUGGGCAGGAGUUUGAUGGAAGUGACUCAGGAGCUAGGCCCGAUGAGGCAGUAUCAUGGGGCAAGAUUAAAAUGACUGCCACCCCUGUUAAGGUGGAGUAUACACACAACAGAGCCAUUGAUUAUUACUAAGGAAAGAUCUGCCAAAGGGGGAGGAGCACGAAUGGCACUGAUAGGUCCAAUGCGAGGUCCCCUUCCUCCCUACCCAUAUCACAUAGAACUAGGGACGGAGACUGCUGUAUGGAAUUUGACACAAGCGUGAUCCAACAGAGAAACGUUUGACUACUUACCUUUCAUUUUUGUGGGUUUUUAACAAAAUGUAGAAUGAUUGUCGAUACAAACCCCCUUUGAAGUUCUGCUCAAGACUGGAUUGCUGUAGUGUCGAAUUGCAUUAUGGGACUAAUUUUUACCCAGUUUCCGGUGCAACUUCGUAGGAGGUAGUAAAAGAAGCGAUAGAUUCCUUAAAACCAUCGUGCAUUUUGACAAAAAACUAACCCACUGUCAUUCAUUCUCAGCCUCAAAAUGGCCCAUUAGGAAAAUGAGCCAUCAGCAAGCGGGCAGGAUGAAGGGGAUCCUACGUUCUGAUUGGCUAACCAAGCGGGCUGAAUGGGCUCAUCUUGCCCACGCGGGAUUUCAAGCGUUGGUUCCACAAGAAAAAGUGUUCGUUUCGUCCGUGUAAUAAAUCCUUUAUUGACCAAACUUGUUCGGUCAAGGUGGCUGAAUACUGGCCAAUAUCCAGCCCUCAUGACCGAACAAGCUUGGUCAAAAACGCACAUAAAAAAUUGAGACAAAUCGGCGCGGGUCGCACAGUAUCUCAACAGAGCGUCCUACCGCCAUACGGGUGGCUUUCCGUUUGAGAGUCAUUAGGCGUAUAGAAGAAGAUCAUCGCAGUUGUGCCUUGUAGACGCAACUUUUAAAAUUGUGAAAAGAAAGCGUAAAAAAUUAGGUUGUACCCGUGCGGCGCUUUACCAGUCACAAAGUUUUGUUAGCAUCAGGCGUGGUUAUUUUUCUACAAGUACGAAGUCGUUCUUGCCACUGAUAUUCGUCUGCUGACUCAAAUUUUGAUUGUGCUUUUCCAGGUUUAUGCCGAUGCAAGCCUAGUUUUUCCACUUCUCGUAGCUGAGACGUUUGCAAGGAACUUCAAACUGGAUAAUUAAAACCAAGUUGCCGCAUAAUGCCGAUGUCUCCGAUCUGAUCGUGAAUAGAUGAGGCCCAUAGGAGCGACAUAGGACAGCAGAAAUGGUGACAAAUGACACGAAGAUGGUUUAAAUACCGACAAGGACAUGGCCCACUUCUCAGACCUCGAAACGACCAAAUUUGAAAUUCAGACUUGGGUCAUACGCAUCCCCUCCCCUCCCGACGAUAUUUUCAGUCAACAUUUUGCAACUUUGAACAUCAUCUUCAAAUUGAGGGAAACCUCGAAAC